UGGGAGAUGUAGUCAACAACAUCUGGAAUGCCGAAGGUUGCCUGCCUCUGCCUUAAAAUAAUGAUACUCGGUAAGCUGAUAUAAUCAUGUAUCAGAAGUUUGUCGUGGCCUGCUCGUUUAGCUAGCUGUGACACAGAUAGGUUAACGUUCACACUAUAUCUCGAAAUAUCACUUUAUGUUCUAUAUGCCAACUGUACAAUCAUUGUUGAAAAAUGAAGCUAUAAUUCCAUGGUUUUUGCAGGUGUUGGAGUGGAAACGGCACUUGCUUUGUAUGUGAGAGCAAUAAAAGCUAAUCCAGAGGUGGAAGUGAAUUAGACAGGAUUCUUUCACCAUACACAAUUCUACAGAUGUCCUCAUUUCACAGGCCCAUUCUCCCGUAGGACUUAGUCUAGCUACAGGUUUUCAGACAGAAUAGCUUUUAAUGGAAACAAAUUUAUCCAAAGCACAUAGUAUGUAUAUAGACUCAUAACUUUAGUCACCUGUGUUUUUAUUUUAUUAUUUUUUUUAAAUAUUAUGGGUUCCUUCUGUUCUUCCACUUUGCUAAUAUUUGUUAUUACCAUUACAUUAUAUUUUACCCCUAUAUUAUUAAAGAAUGAGCCACUAACAAAUUUAAACUUUUGGUUGCUGGAGUGCCAGGGAAUAUAUAUCUGUGUAGACCUGCCCAGCAUUACAUACGUUAGACUAGAGAAUGCAUAGGUCGAAAUAUUCAGCAAUAUAUUUUUUUUAUCCAGUAUAGUAUAAAAAAUUGUUUAACAAUAGACCAUGGGUUAAUCCCUGAUGGAGGCUGGUGCUAGGCUGGACAGGAGCAGUAUUGAAAUGUUACUUUAUAAAUGAUAGUGAAUCUAGGUAACAGAAAAUCCCCUGAGGCUAGAACAAUUGGACGGAUAUUAAUGUCUAAAAUAAAUUAGAUACGUGUGACUAUGAAUUAACCUCUGUGUUUGCUUUUCUUGGCCUGAAUGAUUGCACUGUUUUUUUUCUGUUCUGUGACUUUACCAUUUUCACUUUUACAUGGUUACUCUCUAAACUCAGAAUUUUUGCAAACUAAAUCUGAGUGACAAAUCUGAGGCAAAAAUGUGAAAGUAACAUGUUCUGACUAUGGCUGAGGUGGAGAAUGUUUCCAGAUGGAUUAUUUAUGCCUCUGUUUUUCCAUUUCACUUUGUGAGUUUGAGGUUAGUGAAUAACUCUGAGAGUUUUUGCAGUUUUAGAAUGAGUCUCUAUUGAAACAUACCUUUAAAGUACCAUUACUACAUAGAUUGAUGCGUGCAUUAUUUAGCAAGAAGCUCCCUGUCCAUGUCUUCCUACUAACUUCAGCCAUCACUUAAAUGUCUCUUAUGUGAAGACAUCCUUUGGCCUGACCUUGGAAUCAUUUGAACACAGUGUGAUAUGGUUUUAAGUUGAAAUUAUCACACAAUGAAUAUACAACACUCACAAACGUGUAGAAUAGUUAAUAGUUGAUAUUUGUUACUGGUGCCAUAAUAAAAUUCCUUUUAUUGGAAACCUCAGAAUCCUGAUUUUUGUCUGGUACCCGGUUGAGAGUGGUAACCCUAAGGAGGCUAUAGCCCACUAUCAUCUUCGGGGGAGGUACCUUUGAAACACUUGAAAUUCGACAUGUUUGUGAGUGUUAUAUAUUCAUUGCGAGAUAAUUCCAACAAAACAAUGUCACACUAUGCUUUGCUUGUUAAUUUGUUUUUAGGAUAUAUCAGCUGUAUCCAAAGUAUUUUUGUCUAUAUAUUGUUUUAUCUAUAAAAGAUCACCACCUGGCUGGUGAUCUGGUGGAAGCUGAACAUAAUUUGAAGAUGUCAUUUUUGUUUUUGCACUUUAGUGGUGUAGGUUGUACAUAUCUAUUGUUCUUUUAAAUUGUAAUUUUGUCAGCAGAGCCAUUAAAACCUAUUGCUUCUCUCUGUCAAAGUUAGACUAAAGUCUAAAUAGGAAUUCAAAUCGAAUUUCAAGUUACACAAACUGAAAAUAUAGUUGAAAUGAUUCAAUGUGGCUAUAAUGACACAAAUGUCAAAUUCACAUGGAAUCCACUUUGAAUUCUUGACAAUUCGCACUUCACUGUAUAAUCCUGAAAGUUAAAGGUAAAGAAGAACAGAAAACUAUAAACAAAAGACACUGAAAACUCAGAAAUCAAAUAUAAAGUAUAAUCUGUUCCCAUAUUCAGCCAAGUUCAGUCAUUGUCUUGUGCUUAUUGUCUUUACCUUAAGUCCCACACCCACUAUUAAUAAUAUCGAGGUAAAGGGGCACCUCCUGUCUUGUUUCCUGGAUACUCUGUAUAAAGCCUUUUUUCAACCUUUGUUCUAUCUUGCAUUCAAUGUGUUUCAGCUUUUGUGACCACUAAAGCUGUCAAGAGAAGACAAUUCCAUACAUCUGAUCCCUACGAUGGCUAAAUUAGUGAUACUCCGUAUCAUAUUUGCACCUUUUCUAUUAUGUGUGUCAAUUCAGAUCCAGGCAGACAAAAGUUCCCACUGGUAGGCUUCUGUAGCUCUCUCCUAUAUUAAAAAAAAACAAACCCAAAAUCUGGGGGGAUAGGGGUGGGAUUUCUCAUUCUCACAUUUUCACAAUUUUUCAACUGUCAAAAAUGAUAAUUUUCAUACAAAUUAAAUAGUACUUUUUCUGUAGUACUAUGUAUCUGUAGUAAAACAUGUGUCAUGACAACCCAUCAUGUUUUGGUGAAAGCUACUAGAUAUUAUGGAACAUGGAAUUUACCCCAAAGCUACAGUAAAAUAAUAUCUUCUCUAUUCUUGUCACUUUCAUUAAAUAUUUCAUUUAACAGUUUAGCACUAAUUUUCCUUGAUAUUUAUUGGUCCGAUAAGCAUCACACACAAUCUUUAAAGGAACAGAAAGCUCACAUGAAGUUUUAAAUUUGGGUGAUAGGGAUAAUUCAUGUUUAUUUUAGUAUAUAUUCUUGGAAAUACAGUAAUGUAAAUCAUCCGUGCACGAAGGGUUUACAUGGGGAGGCUAUAUCAGUUCAUCAGUUGUCUUGAUAAUAUGGAAUUUACACUUCCGCAGUAUCAUAUCAAUUUUAUCCAACAUAGCCAGAAGGAAUAGGUCAAGAGAGCUGUUAUAUUGUUUACACCAAGUAUACAUGGGGUUGGUAGUGAAGAGAACAAUUUUAGUGCACAGCAAUGUACCACAUAUCCCUCCUAGACAGCUGUAUCGUCUAACCAAUUCAAAUUUACAAUUUGGCAGACUGACAACUGUCUUUAAUUUUGACAAUGGGUGCCUUAAAUACCACCUGAAAGGAGACUACGCAUGUGCAAAACCAGGACAGAUUUCAUAAACAGCUUGUUCUGGGAAUGUAUUUAUUCAUUUUUGUUUAUGAUUGGUUGCUCUGAACUGCCUCUCCAGCAGCCCUGAGUGUAGGGGGGGCUACACAACUGUAGCCCUGUAACCAUUACAGAGACACAUUUUACCAAGAUUCGACUUGUGCUUUUGUAUUUUGUAUUUGUCAUGAUUUCUGCAAAACCAAGUGUAAAUUAGCACACGAUAUCAUAAAACAUCCCCACGAAAAGUGGAAUGGCACUCAGUCCUGUAGUAAAUGUAGAUAGGAGAGUAAUCAGGAUGCAUGAAUCUGUCACUGAGCAAGUUCUGAUACAGUAUGCGCUCACAAACACCCGUCUCGUAUGUCCAUCCAUGUUGCAGUAAGACACCUGUCUUGUAUGUCCAUCCAUGUUGCAGUAAGACACCUGUCUUGUAUGUCCACCCAUGUUGCAGUAAGACACCUGUCUUGUAUGUCCAUCCAUGUUGCAGUAAGACACCUGUCUUGUAUUUCCAUCCAUGUUGCAGUAAGACACCUGUCUUGUAUGUCCAUCCAUGUUGCAGUAAGACACCUGUCUUGUAUUUCCAUCCAUGUUGCAGUAAGACACCUGUCUUGUAUGUCCAUCCAUGUUGCAGUAAGACACCUGUCUCGUAUGUCCACCCAUGUUGCAGUAAGGCACCUGUCUUGUAUGUCCACCCAUGUUGCAGUAAGACACCUUUCUCGUAUGUCCAUCCAUGUUGCAGUAAGACACCUGUCUCGUAUGUCCACCCAUGUUGCAGUAAGGCACCUGUCUUGUAUGUCCAUCCAUGUUGCAGUAAGACACCUGUCUCGUAUGUCCACCCAUGUUGCAGUAAGACACCUGUCUCGUAUGUCCACCCAUGUUGCAGUAAGACACCUGUCUCGUAUGUCCACCCAUGUUGCAGUAAGGCAACUGUUUCCAUCCAUUUUGCAUUGAGCUGAAGUUGAUAUGGUGCCUGUGUGUUAUUAUAAAUCAAUAAUACUCCAAUAACUGUAAGCAAGUGCUACUGUUUGUUUCUACCAGAGUUCCAGCAAUGACAGUCGUCUCCCUGUGCUUCUUGUCUGAUUGGUAAUUUGGUAUAGCCUUUGGAGGCUUUCACUUGAAAUCUGUCAGUGAGACACAGGCUCUGCUAAACAAAUACAUCUUAGUGUGGUUUCAACCCAACCAUUGUACUGCUGGCUCUUUGCCCCUGGGGUCAAAAGGCAAUAGCAAAUGCAGCACUCAGAUUUAGGACAGAAACAGAAUAAAGACACAUCUUAACUGCAAAGUAUUCUGUGAUUGCUGUCUUUAUUCCAUUCCAAGUGGAACCUACAUUGUUUUGGCCUUUAUCAAGGAAUGUUAAGUGUUGCAGAGUUCAUUUACUGGUUCUUAAUUACUAUAAGGUCCCAAGGCAGGGACCCCCAAAACCCAACUACUCUUAUUCGUAGCUUUGUAAUUGGCUGCUGUCUUCCACACUCAUUUUCUUUUACUGUUUGAAAGAGGUCAAUGUAGCAGUUGAGGUUUUUGCAUUAGAGUGCUAUACAUCAAGAACACUCUUGCUUAAUCUUCUGUUAAUAUUUUUCAAAAAUAAAGAAAUACAGAUGGUUUGUCUGGAAUACAGAGGUUAUGCCUUGCUAAAUUGUAAAUAAAAUAAACAUUUACAUUUUAUAAUUAGAUAUCAGUAGACAUGGUUGCGUAAUACCUGUUAAUGGCUUAAUAAACUGCUAAAUGUAAUUUGUUUAAAAAAGGGGGGCACACACGGAACAUGCAUUACACAGUAGCGGUGCUGCAGUAAAGGCCAAAAUGUAUUCAACAUACAGAUUAAGAAACAGCGCUCACACAAAAAAUAAAGUUUUACAUUUUACAAGGCUAUUUAAAAUGACCUAUCAAUCAACACCACUACUGAUAAAAUGCAUGGUCCGGGAUUGCCCCCAAAGGCUUCACUUUAAUAGAACACUGAUAUUUCAAAACAAAGUAUUUCUCAUUCAUAAACUGAAUUAUUUUGAGUUACUAUUUUCUGUUUAAUUUUUCACCAUUUUGUGCCCACCUUUUUAACGUUCUCUGUUAAUAACAUUUAAAUAGUGAAAUUAUAUAUUAGACAUCAGAUCCUUGUAUACUUUUCCUUAAAGCCAUAAUCUCAAACUUUGAAUCAUGCAUUAUUGAUUUAACCCCUUAAGGACACAUGACAUGUGUGACAUGUCAUGAUUCCCUUUUAUUCCAGAAGUCUGGUCCUUAAGGGGUUAAAUAUACAUGUAUGAACUUAUAUAAAAUAAAUAUUAUCUGAUUCCUGAAAUAUAAAGUGCUGGAAAGAUACCAACAGAAAAAAAACAGCCACAGAAAACGGGUUGAAAACUGGAGUUAUUAUUAUUAUUAUUUAUAAACGCCAACAGAUUCCACAAGCUGUACAAUGGGUGGACUAACAGACACGUAAUUGUAACCAGACGAGUUGGACGCCCAGGAACAGAAGGGGUUGAGGGCCCUGCUCAAUGAGUUCAUUUGCUAGAGGGAAUGGGGUAUAGCGACACAAAAGGUAAAGCGUUAGGUAAAGUGUUGUAAAUAUAUGCCCGAAUUUUAGAUUGAGCCCUAUUUCUCAUGGGAAGACAAUUUAGGGACUGACAGAGGGGGAGGGCAUUGGAGGUGAGGAAGAUGAAUGUCGCCACCGCAUUCAUUAUGAACUAUAACGGGGCAAGUUAUAGUAGAUUGCAGUACUGAGAAGUAGAUUGCAGUAGUCAAGAUGAGAGAAGAUAGUAGCAUGGACCAGCACCCUAGCUGCGUCCAGCGUUAAAUAGUGGUAGGUGUUUUUAAAAUGAAAGUGGCAGGAUAGAGAAGAAUAGGGGCAGGGACAAUAUAUUGUUAGGAAUACAGAUUUGUGUUACUUUAAACAGAUAGCUGUCCAAAGGCCCGAAUUAGUGCACUGUAACAUUAAUCUGGAACAUACAGAGAGGUAUGAAAAAGAUUUUACACAGUUACAAUUUAACAAUGUCAAGUCUUUAAAGUAUGUGAUUGUUUUAUGUAAAUUCUGAUAAUCUAAUGUAACUCAUUUCCAAAAAGAAUCUAGAGCCCAUUGUAUUCAAAUACUUUCAUGUAUUUAAUUGCUGAUUUAAAUAAUUUAUUUAAUAAUUGUAUCAUAAUUAAGUCACACAAGUAAAAUGUUACUCAUUUCUAAAUAUACAGACCAUGUGAAUAGUAAUUUGAAAGCAUAACAUAACAAAUGGACUGACUACAUACUAUUUACUAAAGGGAGAAUUUAAAGUAAAUGCACAGUGAAUUUUAAAUUCUAUUUUGAAUUUAAAUUCACUUUGAAUUCUCAUUUUAGUGAAUAAUCCUGAUUAUGUUGUCAAGGCUAAGAUAGAAGCAAAACAUUUAAGAAGCCACAUUUUGAAAGAACUUUAAGAGUUUUGUUCCAAACCAACUUGAGUAUCUGAGAUUGACGAUACUCUUCCAAUUCAGGGCUUGUGAAGUUUUAUAAAGUUUUGUUUUGGUUUUUAUAUAUUAUAUAUCUAGGAUAAAUAAUGGUGAAGUCCAUACUAUGCCCCACAUAGGUUAUGAAAACAGCAUUUUUCUUCAUUAUGCAACUUUUCCAUUACAUCAUUAUUUUAGGGUUUAUGCUAGGGUUAUGGCUGGGUUUUAGGUUAGUUAGUGGUUUGGAUAAAGGCUAGACAUGGCCAGGGAUGCUUGACACUGGUGGAAGUUACACUCCCAGGUGUCAUGUAUUCACUCCUGUUAUUGUUAGACUGGCAAAGAAACUGUGGAGACAAAAUUGCACUGUUUUGGUUUAGUCAUCUUCUCACCUGACAUGCAAUUCACUAAUGAGAGAGGGCCGAAUUAAAAUGGACACAGCUACGGCUGUCUGUUUGUCUAUCUAUCUAUCUAUCUAUCUAUCUAUCUAUCUAUCUAUUUAUAUCUAUCUAUCUAUCUAUCUAUCUUCUAUCUCUAUCUAUCUAUCGAUCUAUCUAUAAUCUAUAUGUCUAGCUAUCGAUCUAUCUAUAAUCUAUAUGUCUAUCUAUUGAGCUAUCUAAAUACAUAUAUACUAUACACUACUGGCUUUCUUUCCCAUGUGUGAUUCCCUUCUUGGCCUUAGUUUUUAGACGAGUUUGUCAGGAGUGACUGUACUGUUCAGUCGCCCAAGUGCCAUACUUGUUUGAUCAUUUCUUUAUACAGUCAUGAACAAAAGCAGAACUGAAGAAGGUGUCAUAAAAUAUGAAAAGAUUACACAUCAAUGUGGCAGACAGAUAGAAGAGAAAGCCAGGAGAAAGUUUCUUCCAUACAUAUGUUAGCAAUAUUUCUGUAUGAUGGAACACAAUGUCUGUCCAAAGCACUUCACAUCUUUUCCAUUAUGCUUUAGUUAAAGAGCUGAGAUUCCAAAAAAAAAAAAAAGUCUGUUUGUGUGGUCUCAAUACGAGCUGGGUGUUUUUCUAUACUGUGUAUGAUGACACAGUGAGCUUAGACAUGUCAGAUAGUUAUAAUCUCCAAUGCAUACCAUCAGGGUAGUUGCAGGGAAUCGUUACUUGGCAGGGUGCUAGAUAUGAACCCCCAUUUGUGCACCCUAACUUUUACUUAAAGGGUUACUCCAAGCACCUUGACCACUUCAGUGAUUUGAAGUGACAUGAAGUCUGUGUGUGCAGCCUUUCACUAUGAAAGAGAGAUUAACCCCUAAGCUGCCAGAUGUGUAACCAAAUUGGCAUCUUGUGCCAGCAUGCACAGCAUGCUGGCGCCCCCCUCUGUGCCGCCCCAGUCCUACUUUUUGUAGAAGAAAAAAAGCGAAGACGAACAGGCUAAGGGAGAGCUUAGACCUAGCAUUUGAAUUGAGGUAAGUUUUAGAGUUUCUGUUAUUUAAUUAUUUUAAUUUGGGGGAGGUGGAUCAUCUCAGAAAGAGUGUUUUACUGCCUUGUAACACGUCUAGUGGCAGUCACUCAGACGGCCACUAGAGGUGCUUCCUGGAUCAGUGAUGCUCAGUAUGCAACACUGGUUUUCAGCGUCUCCACACUCUGCAUGUAGGCACUGAUAGUUCCCCAUAGAGAUGCAUUGAUUCAACGAUGAGGAGAUACAGACUGAUGCAGAGCGGCGUUUUGACGUGUAUGCGCAAUAGCUUCCCAGUGCUUUCCUAUGCAAUUGAUAAUCUCAGUGUUAGUGACAAGGCCAGCCUUGGCGAGACUGGCGCUGCAAGUGAGAAAAGUUGGGUAAAAACAGAGGCGGAGAGGGGGCGGUCAUCUAAAUAGUUAGUUAAACACUAUAGUGUCAGGAAUACAUGUUUGUAUUGUAUAUUGUGUAUGUGCUGUUCUUUUAAAUUCUCAGAACUAUCCCGUCUAUCACCUAACCUUCUAAAGCAGUAGGAGGGUGGAACACCCUCUUUGAUAUAACCUAUAAUACCGCACUAUGGCUUUCACAAUCACAGACAGAAAUAAUAUGAUUACAUCGCUAUUUAUCCACAAUGCAUACAUUUAGCUAUCACUUGUUUUCAAAUAUAUUUCUGUUGGGUGUUGGUGCUAAAAUUGCCCAAUUUAAUGCUACUGACUGAAGGACAAAGGACUGAGUGAACCCUGCUGGGAAUUAAUUGAACCAACAAUGAACCAAGAACAGCAUCAUGCAAUGCUUCUUGUCUCUUUAAAUCAGAGUCUAUCCAUUGUUGGUUUAGAGGGUGACCAAAUAUUCCAGGGUUUUAAAUCAUUCAUUUCAAGGCUUCCUGUGUCUGCAUCCUAUCUGGGUGCUUUUGAAGAUUGUUUUAUUUACUUUAUUUAACCAAAGUUUUCUGUUAAUUAUCAAACCAAUCCACACAUUUUCCUUUCUACCACUUUGUUUGGUUAAUGGAGUUACGUUAGUGACUUAAUUAGUUUAUAGAGAUCUGGGAAGGAAUCAUAAUUACCAAGCAGGGAUAGAGUAUAAUUAAAGGCGGAAAAUGGAGAAAUCAAAAGAUAAAUGUGAAAGAAAACAACUAUAAUGAUAAUUUUUUAUUUUGUGUAUUUAUUGUUUUUAAUCCUGCCUGCUUUAAACGCAAUCUUAAGUGGUUUUUCUGAGCAUUCUGUUUUAUAUCUGUUGCCAGUUUCCAUAUCACAUAAUGUUUUCCAUUACUGAAACCUUGUAAUUCACUUCUCGGUGUCGCAGUAUUUGAUCUUUGCUUUUACUUUUUUUUUUAAUUUUUAGGAGAAUUACUUUCUUUGGCAAUAGGGGCUGGUAAUAUGUUAGAAAACACCGCAGUAAAAUCAACUUCACUUUAAAAGAUCUACGCUCUAGUAAACCUACUCCUGUGAAUUAGUCUUGCUUUAGUAAAAGUGUGCCAAAGCAUCCCCUUCUAAAGGUUGUUAUACACUAAUCCACAAAUUGAUAAGAAUUUUAGAAGAACUACACAUUUAGGUCAAAAUAGCUAAAAUAAAACAAGAUAAUUUUUUUUUUUACUAUAGAUUUUUAUCCCUCAUUACGUCUCCUCAUUGUCUUUUUAGUUAGCAAAUCCCCAAAAAUCUGCACAAAUGGCUGCUCACUGUUUAUCAGAUAUUCCCCCACCCACAGUUUUUUACUCCGUAUAGUAACAUGGGGGUUAUAUAGACCCCAUAUGCAUUUUGUUAACUUUUUAAUGUGGUGGCUGGCUGCAAUCCCAUCAAUCCCGUGCGGCUGAGAUUUUUUUUUGCUCAGCAGGCAAAUAGAUUGGACAUUUCCAGGUAUGGGUUUUAAGCACCCAGGCCUGGAUUUCAAUGUCCAGCAGGAUUAGGACAGGCUUAAAUCCAUAUACAAUCCUGCCUCAUUCUGAGCCACAAUUGCAAAUGCUGGACAUUGUUAAAUACUGUGAGCAUGUCUGGAUUUUUCAGUCUAAAUUACUUGGUACAGUAACAGAUGUUUUUUUUUAGCACGGGAACAUUCAGACUGUAAUAAAUUAAGCAAGAAAUAUUUUUCUCUAAAUUCUGUAAAUUUUUCAGAUUUUAAAUUUAGACUGCAUUGGCAAGGUCAGCAUGGAUCCCCCUGGUGCAUCAUGGGUAAUUGCAUCCCUCCAUGUAGCCAUGCUGUAAAUUUAUGUUUGCUACAAUUUCACUUACACCUACUAUGGCUUGGCUUUAUAAUAUAAUGUUAAUCUGUUGGAAAUAUUUUUCCUUGAUUGUAAUAAAAAAAACAUGUAGGUGUGAAAUCUGCUUUUGUUUCAAAUUAUUUUUUUAUAUCUACAGAGGUAAUGACUGUUCUAAAAAAAAUACCAUGCCAUUCUACUCAGUGAUAGCUGUAAUUUUCUAAAAAUUAUUUGUUCACUAGAUGGCGCUGCAGACAUCUGAGUAACAUCAGUUUAAUGCGAUACCUUGCUCACAGGUCUUAACUAAUCAUCAGCGACAAAUUUUGCAAAAAAAACCCCUCUAAUUCCAGUGCAAUGCUUCCGCUACUAAAAUUUAAACAAAACAUAAUUAAAAAAAUACCUGCAGGCACACCAAUAAAGCAUUGGAAAGAGAAAAAAAACAAAAAAAAACAACUGCCUGUAGCUUUGACCCUAGACUAAGACUAAUCAAAAUGAUUACAAAAUGUUUAUUAAUGUUAUGAAUUUUGCUUGUUUUUCCGUACUAAUCUAUAAAUUUGCCCUGUUUUAGCCCCUUUAUGUAGUUUACACAAAUCAUAAUGAUUAUAUUUUAUUUUUCUACAUUGUUUGCCAUAGGAAUUUUUCAAAUCUUUUAUGUUAUAUACUUUUAAUAGGUUCUAGGUCUAUCCCCUUUACUACAUUUUCUGUCUUUGAUUUAGACGUUUACAUUACACAUUAUAUUGUAUUUUGAAGUUCAGUGAAACACAUCCACUUUUCUUUUUUUAAUUCUUUAUUUAAGUGACAUUAAAUCAGAUACAAGAUGAUGCAUUCUUUUAAAGAAGUGCAAUACAUGACUCUAUUUUCAUAAAAUUUUAAAGGGAAUAACAUACAAUGAACAUAGAUAAGAGAGAUGAGAGGAAUAAGAAAGAGAAAGAUUGGUGGAACCUCCGUGGUAAGUCUAUGACUACCAACUACAUGAAGAUGCUAUGAGUUAGAGGUGUAAUCACACCAUGGGUCCCAAUAUUAUAAAAAGAAGGAAAAGUUUAGUGAAAAAGUGCCAUCAAUUUUUCUAUUAAGCGAUUAACCUCAAUCUUGGCAACUACCUCGCGGUGAGAAGAGUGUCUCUCUGGGCCAGGUUGAUGCCAAUGGCCUCUUGACAAUCAGUGUCAUUUUGUUUCAAACUUUAGAGCUUGUAAGAAAAAUCCCUCAAGUGGUCAAGAAAGCAGAAUUAGCCAAAGGUCCAGCUCAAAGGGUCUCUGAAAAAAGCCACCAGUAGGCUCCCCACCACCUCCUGCAGAAGUUCAAGGAAGUCCUACCUAGUCUAGAAAUCUGCACUGGAGUUCCAUGGAAUCUUAAAUGGACACUAUAGUCACCAGUGCAACUACAUGUAUUCCUGACCCUAUGAUGUUAACACCACCAUCUAGCCCCCCUGGGCCCCUCAUGCUUCCAUAAAUAUAGUAAAAAUCUUACUGUAUUCAAGCAAGAAGCUGUAAAUCUGCAUGCUGUUAGACUCAGGAAAAACAAGCAGUCUGCUGACAUGUGAUAGCCUGAUCCAAUCACAGUGCUUCCCCAUAGGAUUGGCUGAGACUGACAAGGAGGCAGAUCAGGGGCAAAGCCAGCAUGAAUCAAACACAGCCCCGGCCAAUCAGCAUCUCCUCAUAGAGAUGAAUUGAAUCAAUGAAUCUCUAUGAGGAAAGUUCAGUGUCUGCAUGCAGUGGGAGGAGAUACUGAAUCACAGGAUUCUUGUGCACAGCAGAUCUGAGUGGAUGGAGGCAUAUUAGAAGUCCCUCUGGUUCACUCUGAGUGACUGCAACUGGAGCUGUUCCUAGCUUUCAAUGUAAACACUGUAUUUUCCCAGAAAAUACAGUGUUUACAUGAGGAAGGCUGCAGGGAGCUAUAGUUCUCACCUGAACAACCUCAUUAAGCUGAAGUUGUUCAGGUGACUAUAGUGUCCCUUUAACAGAAUCUUAAACACCUGCUUUUGAAAAGCAACAAAUAUCAACAUCCUAACAACUGCCUCCCAGGUAUCCUCCCAUGAAUAAUCAUCCAACUCUCCUCCCUAAAAAGUUCUCACACAACCCGCUGUAUCAUAAGGCACACCAAAUUGUGGACUUCGAGCAGAUCACAUCCACUUUUCCACUCUCUAAUACCAUUACUGCGAUCAAACUUUAAGCCUCAUUAGCAGCACCUGGCUCCAUAUAAUUACAUCUGAUAUUAUAUGAUAAAUAUAUACAGGGAGGGUUAUUCAAUAAAGUGAAUAUUGUCAAGAAUUUUGAAUUCACUUGAAAUUCCUGACAAUUCUCUCAUUAGUGAGUAGGUCUAAUAGGGCCUGUUACCUAGCUGGUUUCAGAGUGUGUUACCUUUCAUGUACGUUCAUGCCCAGUUAUAAAAUAUGUUGUUUAUUUUAAGACAUAAGACAGUAGAACAAUUACACUGAAAUCAGAAAAAGUAUGGUUGUGGGUUUAAUAAUUAAAGGGAUAUUAUAGGCACCAGAACCACUACAGCUUAAUGUAGUGGUUCUGGUGUCUAUAGUCUGUCCCUGCUGUUCUUACAAUGUAAAUGCUGUGUUUACAUUUCUGCAUAGGAACACCUUGGCCACCUGUGGUGCUUCCUAGUCCAGUGCUGCACAGUGUGAAGAACUAGCGUUCAUGGUCUUCACGCUCUGCAUGGAGACCCUGAAAGCACCCCAUACAGAUGUUUUAUGUAAAGUCACCUUGUUACUGCAAUCUAAGGGGUGCCAGGGACCUAAAUAGUUAAACACUUUAGUGUCACAAAUACAAGUUUGUAUUCCUGACACUAAAGUGUUCUUUUAAAAAUGUACAUGUACCUAUGGUUAGAUACCCUCUUUAGGCUCUUAUACAACAUGGAACAAUGCAAAAUGACAAGUCAUGGGAUGGUUUGAAACGAUGCUUCAGUAAAAGGUGACAGAAAAUAAACACAGAGCUUAUGUCAGAUCCCCAGAUUAUGGAUAAUUGUUUGUUUUCAGUCUAGAAGCAUUAUCUUUGCUGCGCAGGGUGGACUUAAAUGCAGAAACCACAAUGUUGAGACAAUACCAUUAGCAGCAGCUGACAAGUAUCUUCCCUCCAGACAGUGAUGGGGAGAAUCACCCUUUAUUUACAUUGCGGCAGUCAAUGUGCACAUAUCGAGACUGCAAGAUCAUCUGAGCAGAACCCUCUUCUCCUAGUGCAUUUGCCAACAUUUAUUUUGCCUAUUUUGCCAUAUCCCCACUGUGUGUGUAUAUGUGCAGAUAGAUAUAGAUAGAUAGAUAGAUAGAUAAAUAGUCAGACAGACAAAUAGAUAGAUAAAGAUAGAUAAAGAUAGAUAGAUAGAUAGAUAGAUAGAUAGAUAGAUAUAGAUAGAUAGAUAGAUAGAUAUAGAGAUAGAUAAAUAGAGAUAGAUAAAUAGAUAUAGAUAGAUAGAUAGAUAGAUAAAUAGAUAGUCAGACAGACAAACAAACAUAUAGAUAAAGAUAGAUAAAGAUAGAUAGAUAGAUAGAUAGAUAAAGAUGGAUAGAUAUAGAUAGAUAGAUAGAUAAAAAGAUAGAUAGAAAGAUAGAUAUAUAGAUAGAAAGAUAGAUAUAUAGAUAGAAAGAUAGAUAAAGAUAGAUAAAGAUAGAUAGAUGGAUAUAAAUAGAUAGAUAGAUAGAUAGAUAGAUAAAGAUGGAUAGAUAUAGAUAGAAAGAUAGAUAGAUAAAUAGAUAGUCAGACAGACAAACAGAUAGAUAAAUAUAGAUAGAUAAAGAUAGCGAGAUAGAUAAAGAUAGAUAGAUAGAUAGAUGGAUAGAUAGAGAUGGAAGAUAGAUAGAUAAAUAGAUAGAUAAAGAUAGAUAGAUAAAGAUAGAGAGAUAGAUAAAGAUAGAUAGAUAGAUAGAUAUAAAUAGAAAGAUAGAUAGAGAGAUAGAUAGAUAGACAGAUAGAUAGAUACAUAGAUAGUCAGACAGACAGACAGAUAAAGAUAGAUAGAUAGAUAGAUAAAGAUAGAUAGAUAGAUAGAUAGAAAGAAAGGCAGAUAGAGAUAGAUAGAUAGAUAGAUAGAUAGAGAGAUAGAUAAAGAUAGAGAGAUAGAUAAAGAUAGAUAGAUAGACAGACAAGCAGAUAGAUAAAGAUAGAUAGAUAGAUAGAUAGAUAAAGAUAGAUAGAGAGGUAGAUAGAUAGAUAAAGACAGAGAUAGAUAGAUAGACAUAUAGAUAUACUGAUAGAUAGAUAGAUAGAUAGAUAGACAUAUAGAUAUACUGAUAGAUAGAUAGAUAGAUAGAUAGAUAGAUAGAUAGAUAGAUAGAUACCAGGACUCCACAUUUUAGGUAAUGUAUAGACACAAAGAGGAGAGCACUCACAGAACUUGCUUUAAAUAGUGACCUGAUUUAUUUUCUAUUAAGCAGUAAUAAGUAUGACGGCAGAGUGAUCAAUGUUUCAAGCUUUAUAUCAGGACUUUUAUCAAGACAGGUACACAAUGCUUAAGGACCUUUAAGUAGGCCGCCAUCCCCAAACAGAGGACAUGACAAAGAGUGCAUGAUAACAUGGGCGCAUGAGAGUGAGAGUCAGUGAAAGAGAGACCUGGAUCCAAAGUAAAGGUAAGCCAGACCUAGGGUAAGGUGUAAAUUGUACAAAAACAGAAGACUGUAGGUGGACUAAAACAUUGUAACAAAAACUGUAAUCUACAACACGCAGCAAAUAGUGUAUCGAGUCACGAGAAGCCUCAGAGGUCUGCAUCUUGGUGUGCAAUGACCUUCCAUUGUGCCCUCUCCUGAUGGUCCUCCAUCUGUUAUAUACAUAUAUCUUUUUAUAUAUAUCUAUGAAGAGAGAGAGAGAAAUACAUAUUUUCAUAAGUCACUAGUGAAAUAAUGUACAAGUUACAUUUUAACUUUACAAGUAACCUCUUAAUGCAGACAUCUCUAAUCCUUUUAGUGGGCGUUAUAGGGCGGACUCUUUGGGAUCAGUCCUGUAGGGUUUUAUCAAACUAUCAUUGAUUUUUAGACAAUAUCUGUGGCUCCUCUGCUUGUGCUGUGAUAAUGCAAAUGAUUCAAUUCUGCAUUAUCUGCACAAAACUGCCCACUUGUGGAUGGCAUUGAUAGUCUGUAAGUGGCUCUUAUUGUUGUCCAAAUUAAGUAAAUUAAGGUGCUUAGAGUAUCCAUUUAAAAGCAAAAUAUACCCUUAUCCAUUAAAUCCAUCAUUAAAUCUCUUUGAUCAGACGGUUACUGAUUAAAAAUCUCUCCCAAAUAGAUUGGGAACAAUAGAGCCCUUUGCUGCUCAUCGUUAUAACAAAGCUCUCAGCAAACUCAGAAUAUGAUAGGCAGUCAGUGACACCAUAGGUGUCAUGAGAUAUCUCUUAAUUGGCAUAAGCUAAAUGCUGUUUGAAUUCAAUAGGGACAGAACAAGGAAACAUUUAGAUGAGAAAACGCAGCUCUCAAUAUGUUCCAAAGUUUGAAUUUUCAAUGUCUUGAAAACAACAUAAGUUAAUUAAGUCAUGGCUACAAUUGUGGGGGUAUAUAGACGAUAUUGUCACGGAGCUGUUUUAUGAAGGAAGUGAGGCUAUUUUUCUAUCUUUUUAAGCCAUGGGCACCAGGUUUUCUGCGCACUCUUAAUUACAUUAAGGGUUAUUUACUAAAGGGCGAAUUCUCCAUAAUUCAAAGUGAAUGUCAAUUUUUAGACCAAAAUAGCUGAACUAGAAGCAUUGCCGAUCCGAAGAAUUUUCUAAAUUCUGGCAUUUUGGCCUUUAAUUUGAAAUUCUCUUUGAAUUACCAACAAUUCCCCUUUUAGUAAAUAAUCCUGAUUGUGUAAUAUCACCAAUGAGAAGAUUCUUACAACAUGUUUAGAUAAAGAAAAGCAGAAAUGGUCAGAUAAAGCAGUAAACAGUUGGUAUAAAUAUGAAUCUUAUUUAUUAUUCAUUUAUUCAAUAUUAUUUCAUUUAGAUAUCAGGGCACUCUUUAAUGUGAUGUCUAACUGAUGAGCUUUGUAUCUUGGACAAUUGAAUUUUUUGUGACCAUUUCUGAUCUUUAGUGGUGCAUCCACAUGAAGGUUUAAAAAGAUGCUACGUGCUAGUUCUGAAUGGACAUUGGCAGAAAUAAUGUAAAAACCCAGUUGCUUCGCAGUUUAUUUCAGGAUUCCUGUGUUCUACAGCACGCAUAGGUUUAUUUGGGGAGCUUACAGCUCUAUGUGGCCAAAUAAUUGGGCUUUUUUUUUGAGAAACAGGUCCAUUGUGACUUAUCUAUAAUUAUUAUUUAGCAACUUUUCUCAGUUAUGGUGUGUGGGAGCAGGGGAGUGUCAGGAUUACUGUUUGAUCCAGCACGUAGAACUGUACAGCACGGAUGACAAAUAAGUAACGUAUUACCGGUCCUUAGAAUGGCCGGAUUUAACAUACAAAGAAUAGUCAAAAAUACUAGCCGAGGUCAGGGAACACAGAAAGGGACACAGCGAUGAGGAAAGCCAGGAGUCAGGAUACCAGAAUAUAGAGAAGUCAAUAAACAAAGCCAAAGUCAAAAACCAGGUAGAAAACUAUAAACAGGAACGCGCUCUCGGACAACCACAAGGGAAACCACGACAGGGCACUGAGCAGGCUGAGAACUGGGCCUAAAUACCCCUCCUUUCUUUCUGAUAGGCUGUAACCGGCCUUUGACCCCAAAGUCAGUUACCAGGUUUCAUUUGCAUAAUUGCUGCUCAGCAUUAACCCUUCUGUGGAUUAGGUUGCUGCUCGGCACAACUUUUCCUGUGUGGACAGUAAAUGUCAUUAACCACUUUUCUAUAAGCGGAUGAAUACAUGACACCAGGUUUCAUUUGCAGAAUUACUGCUCAGCAUUAAACCUUCUGUGGAUUAGGUUGCUGCUCGGCACAACUUUUCCUGUGUGGACAGUAAAUGUCAUUAACCACAUUUCUAUAAGCGGAUGAAUACAUGACAGGGAGGUUGUGAGAUGCUAAUUUAGUCUCUCAAACAGGGUGCCUGUCAUAGAUUCAUAGAUUAACACAACUUCAGAGCUAGGCUUUGCUAAUAUGCAGAGCUGAACUUUUAAAAACACUCCAAACACCACAACCACUACAGUGCCCUUGUACCACGCCCCCCAAUUGUAAACAGUCACACCGGUUUAGAACAAUAUGUAUUUUUACCUCAGGUCCCCUGGGUGCCACACCUUGCCUCCAGCUGGUUAGCUCUCCUGAGCAAAGCCCUGCAGUGCAGCCAAUGAGCUAAGCCAUGCCCUGUCGGGCUUAGUUCAGACAGUGCACUUCGGGCUUCCUGCCGGAAGUAGUGGAGACAUGGAACAGCACCCAGUGGAUCACAGGUAAAAUGUGGGAAAUCCUGGCACAAUAACCACUAUGGGCACACAGUAGUGAUUCCAGUGUUUGGAGUGUUAAUUCCCAGAUUUUACUAUUAACAUGACGUAAAGUCAUGAUUUUAUUAAUGACACGGAGGCGAGUAUUAUGCAUUCUCUUUCUUUAUUAUACUCCCAGCAGCAAGAAAAGGAAGUAUGAGAGAAUCAUAUAAAAAAACAUAACAACAGCUUGGUAACAGUGGCACCAAUCAGCAUCCAGUAUUAUCCAUAUGGGUGUGGUGCUCCUUGACUCCUCCUCUUUCUGCGUAGAUCCCGAAGACCAUAGUGUAAGUUCCAAAAUAUUCCAACAACACGAAUUCCCGAAACAAAACCAUAACCGGAAAUUCAACAGGGAACAGCUUCAACCGCCAACUUUCACAGGUGUAUUCAAGCUAAAAGAGAAGAAAUAUAUGGUAAUAUCGAGACUUGCGACUGCUAUUCCAUAGUUAUCCAACUCUUCCACUACGUUAUUCCAACACUAUAAGUAUAUAGAAGUAUAUUCAUCACAAACCUUACUCACCUUCGUGUCGUGUAUGACACUUUACCUACCGUAUUUUGUCAUUCCAAAGGUCCCAUGAUUGACCUGUAACUUAAACACCACCCUGGGCAGGGCGGGUGGGAAUAAUACUCGCCUCCGUGUCAUUAAUAAAAUCAUGACUUUACGUCAUGUUAAUAGUAAAAUCUGGGAAUUUUAUUAAAGACACGGAGGCUCCUAUUAUGCUAUUUUAAAGCUGAGCAACCACCAAACUGGAAAUAUGUUGUACCGGUCGAAAGUAGAAAUUACGAAACGUAGACUCAUUCGACCAAUCAGCUGCUCGUAAGAUGUCUUCCAAUCUACAACCUAUCAUGGAAGCUUUAGAAGCCAUUGCCCCGCGAAUGGAGUGUGAGGAGAAAAUUGAAGUGUCUAUGCCUGCCACGGAUAAUAACCAUUUGAUCCAACGAGCUAAAGUAGGAGUAGAUACUGGUAGGUGCGGUACUCUGAACGAGAUGAAUAAUGGAUGGGUUUGAUCAGGACGGAGCGAGCUCGUGCGGUGCUCGUAUUCCUUAAGGCAUAACACUGGGCACAGAUUAGGGUUGUCUGGAAACGACGGGUAGAAGACCUCCUUAGUUGCAGACUUUGUCCUUCGUGAAAUAUUGAAGGAAACUCCGUUCGGAACAAAAGCGCGUGCUUGCCAAUCCAAUGCUCUGACAUCAGCAACCCGUUUACAUGAAAGUAAACAAAACAACAUCAACAGUUUGGUUGAUAAUUGUUUAAGAGAAAGCUCAUGAUUCAAAGGCCAAGACUCGAGAAAACGAAAAAUCACAUUGACAUCCCAGAAGGAAGAAUACCGAGCCUGCGGGGGUCGAGCAAACCGGAUGCCUUUGAGCAAACGACAGAUGAGGGUAUGUUUACCUAUUGGAGUACCAUCCAAUCCCCUAUGCCUCGCUGAUAUCGCUGACCUGUAUAGAUUUAUAGUCCGAAAGGCUUUACCUUCUUCAAAGAGUAGAGUCAGGAAUUGUAAGAUUAUUUUCACAGGAGCUGAUAUGGGAUCCACUGAUUGUCCCACGCACCAAUCAGUCCACUUCCUCCAAGCCGACCCGUAGGAACGUCUGGUACCUGGUGCCCAAGACUCUGCCAAGAGACUGAGUGUUGUCUGCGAAACAUCCUCGAGACUCCAUGUUCCCCUGAAAGGAACCAUGCCAUCAGGCGAAGUAGACCCUGGUCGAUCAACUCGUGACUCAUUCCCUCUGGAUUGGUCAGGAGGUAGGGUAUGUCCGGCAAGAGUCGUGGGGAAUCUAUCGACAUUUCUAAUAACUGUGGGAAACAGGGUUGUGACCUCCAUAACGGGGUUAUCCGCACUAGAGUCCCCUGGGAAUAUCGAAGGUAUGCAAGGGUCCGAGAGAUGAGGCUGAACGGUGGAAAAGCGUAAUUCUUGCCCUUGGACCAGUCUUGUAAGAAUGCGUCUGUCGCCAGCGCAUCUGGGUCCGGUCUCCAACUGAAGAACCGAGGAAGUUGGGUGUUCAGCCGAGACGCGAAGAGAUCUAUGUUGAGAGGUCCCCAAAGUCGAGAGAGACGUUGGAAGAUCAUUGGGUGGAGAUGCCAAUCCCCUGUGUCUCGAAGAUAUCGAGAAUUCCAAUCCGCUAGUGCAUUGUCCCGUCCUGGGAUAUAUUCCGCUAUUACCGAAAUGUUGUGUUUUAGACAAAAGUGCCAAAAAUCUCGAGCCAUCAGUGCCAGAACUUUCGAUUUCGUUCCUCCUAGGUGGUUGAUAUAACGCACCGCCGAAACGUUGUCCAUCUUGAUUAGGAUAGAGCAUGAGAUGCCUGUGGGGGUCAUGCUGCGAAUGGCAAAGGAUGCCGCUAACAGUUCUAGGCAGUUGAUGUGUAACAACGUUUCUUCGUUGGACCAUCUGCCACCGGUGGAAACUGAGCCACAAUGCGCGCCCCAGCCGUGUAAGCUGGCGUCUGACUCUAUGACCAGAUCUGGCGUAGACCCGAAUAUCGCCCGUCCGUUCCACGCCUCCAUGUGGGCUAGCCACCAUGUCAACUCCUCUCUGGAAUCUUCGUCCAGUGUAACACAGGUUUCGUACGAGUGUCCGGAGCGCAGAUAUGAGGCCUUGAGCCUUUGUAGGGCACGAUAAUGUAACGGGCCCGGGAAGAUUGCUUGUAUGGACGAUGCCAGUAGCCCUAUGAUCCUCGCAAGUUGUCUGAGGGAAAUGGUCGUACGAAUCAUAAGUCGUCUGAUCUCUUUCUUGAUCGAAAUCAUUUUGUCUUUGGGUAGGCACAACCUCUGCUGUACAGAGUCCACUUGAAAUCCCAGAAAUUCCAUGCAUCUGGAGGGUUGAAGGACAGAUUUCUCCCAAUUCACCAAGAAUCCUAAGUUCUGGAGAAGGUGUGUUGUCCAAGACAAAUGAACCCGUAAUUGGGAUUGAGAUUGAGACAGGAGAAGGAUAUCGUCCAGAUAAAUUAUUAACCUGACCCCUCGUGUGCGCAGGAAGGCAAUCACCGGCUUUAGUACCUUUGUGAAGCACCAUGGAGCAGAGGACAGACCAAACGGUAGACAUACAAACCUCCACUUCGUUCCUUGCCACUGAAACUGCAGUAGGUUUUGGUGCGCUUCCGCUAUCUUGACCAUCCAAUAAGAUGGUAGUAGGAUGUCCCGAAGGCAAUGAAUACCCUCCAUUUUGAAAUGGUGAUAUUGGACAAACGCAUUUAGGGGUCGGAGAUUUAUUACUGGGCGUACUCCACCCCCUUUCUUUGGAACCAGAAACAGGUUGCUUACAAACCCUUCUGUGUCCCAUGGGAUUUGUUGAAUAGCGUGUUUUGACGCCAAAUCUGCAAUCUCUGCCGAGAUCAUCUUCUGGUGGUCGCUGGCCAUGUUUAGUUCUCGAGGGAACUGCACCUGAGUAGGGUAAGAGACUAGCUCCAUCAGGUACCCCUGUACUGUAUUUAAUACCCAAACAUCUGCGGUUAGAAGUUUCCAAGCAUGGUGAAACAAUGCCAAUCUGCCCCCCACUUUUAUAUGGGAAAAAUGGAGAUACUCGGUACUCACCAUAAGGUCGUCUGCCUGAGACAGACCCCCGUGGUCCGCGGGAGUUCCAGGGCGUCCACGAGAUGGGAAGAACGGGGUAUAAGUUCGUUCUGGUACCGGUCUCUGGGUAUUAAAGGAGCCUCUGCCGGCUCUAAAUGAGCCACGGAAUCCACGGCCGGAUAGACGGCUCCUAACUCUACCGGCCCAUCCAAAAACCCGAGGUGCAAAUACUCUUUUUAGAGAAGUCUGAGCUUUGUCAAUUGCUGUAAAUGUUUUAACGUACAGCCCAAGAUCCUUGAUAAAGGAUUCACCAAAGAGUAAGCCUUUAGCGGCUGGCCCCGGCUCAUUGGUCGCCAUACUGACCAGUUUGGGCUCUAUUCUCAUGAGAAUCGCCUUGCGGCGUUCGGUUGCCAUGGCUGUAUUGGCGUUACCCACCAUGCAGACUAACCUCUGCAACCAGCCUUUCGCUACUUCGAAAUCGAAGUCAUUCUCACCAGAUUGGGCAGAUUCCACUAACUCAUAAAGUUUGGUGAUGGGCCCCAGAGUGUCCAGGAACUUGUCCUGGCAGUUCCGAAGGGAGAAAUCCAAACCUUUCCUAGGUUUCCAACCCGACUUAUUCAAAAAUUGGACCAAUUGGGGAUCCACGUCAGGGGUUUUUCCCACUGAGUCUGGAAGGAAAGGCCGCGGGCAUUCCGCCCGUAGCUUGUUACGUCCUUCCUUAGAUAAAGGUUUUCUUACUCUUAGCGCGAGGUACCUCGCAAUGUGCUCAGGCGGCUCCCAUUCCGCCGAGCGAGGGUGACGGAGGUUAUCUGGGUCAAACAACGGGUUACCCAGAGGGUCCCGCAAAUCGUCGCCCUCGCCCGAUACGGCAGGCUCAGUGCCCUGAGCCGUAGCCUUCUGGGUCGCAGUGUGAAAUUUCACCUCGGACCCUGAAUCGGAAUAUUCCGCACUAUAAUGGUCCAUGCAUAACUCAUCAUACUCCUCCUCCAAACUCCGGUCCGAAUCGGACGAGUCCUCUUGGGCACGUGCCCACUUCCAAGAUCUGGCCGAUUUUGCCCGGCCAGGGGCUCUAUUGCGCGGUGGUAUCGCGCCAUCCUUGACAGCCUGAGGCGUGUCAGUCAUUGCAGGCUGAACCUGCAGUUCUGGAGGGGAGGCAAUAUGUUUGCUUUUCGUCAAGGCUUUACGUCCCGGUUGUACCACAUUAGUGGAUCCAGGAUUUAGUGUGCUCUGAGGGCCACAACUCUGAGACUGUAUCAGCGCUUUGGUUACCGAUUGUGUGAUAGAGGAUGACAUGACCCCCAUCGCGGAGGCUAACGCCUUGUUGAUGGAUUGUGCCAUGGUAGAAUCGAGGAGGGAUUGAAAUUCCUCCGAUGCCAUGAGGCUGGCGUCAUCCUUACAUGCCCUGUCUGAGGGGGAAACCCCUGGUGUAGGACACACAGACCCUGCAGGUCUUUCAUUCUGAUCUUGCAUUUUAGCAAUAAUAUAAACUCACAGGGAAUAAAACACCCAAGUCCACUCAGAGUUAGAAUUAUAGGGCCCAAUAAGGUAAUGCCACUAGUAGUAGCUAAUGGUUAAGAACAGUAACUGAAAUGACCUGUAGGGAAAAAAUAUACUAGCUAAGGCUAAGGACAAAAAGGGUGUCAGGAUAGAGUAAUCCUCCACACCAACACUUACAGUUUGACCAGCAAAGACAGCAACACAGUAAAUAAGCACAGGAUGGGUCUGGGAGUGCGCCAGGAGGGUAGGAGAAACCGUUAUCCACAUACAGAAUCGGUCCGCAGCAAUUUCCCGCCGAAACGUACUUAAAAUGGCCGGCGCGAGAAAAUUUACAUAGGCGGCGACAUAAACCAAAAAGAUGGCCGCCGCGGCACGUACUGCGCAUGUGCGGCCGUUAGGAAAAGGGGAAAAACCGGCAAAAGAGCGUUUGCGCAUGCGCGGACCGGCAGAAAACCGCGGAAUAGACCGCGACCAAAACAGAGAGCGGCUAAGGAGAGCAGCUAAGGGCAGCCCUGCUGCACCCACACAAAAACGGAAACGAGCAGGGUAAAGAGUCUAACACUACUGAAAGGGGGAAAACCUCAGGGUCCCAGAGACCCCUAUUAAUAGGCAGCACUCCCAGACACCAGUAUUAAAUAACCAGUAAUAACAGUGAAGUAUAAAAUAAGCAUAAACAUACACAAUGCUAAAAUCUUUUACCCAAAUACACAUAUAUGUAUGAAAAAUCACAGGAGUAGCAAGAGAUGAAGUACUUAACUUGUCUGAGGGAGCAGCAAGAAAGAGGAGGAGUCAAGGAGCACCACACCCAUAUGGAUAAUACUGGAUGCUGAUUGGUGCCACUGUUACCAAGCUGUUGUUAUGUUUUUUUAUAUGAUUCUCUCAUACUUCCUUUUCUUGCUGCUGGGAGUAUAAUAAAGAAAGAGAAUGCAUAAUAGGAGCCUCCGUGUCUUUAAUAAAAUUUAAAAUCAUCCUUGAUAUUUAUUUUAUCCAAGGGCAUGGCUUUUCUACAUAAUAGUCACCAGUUGUGACUGACUCAAAGUGGCCAGGUAUGAUUUAAAUAGAAAGCUGGCUACCUGUAAAUAGAAUAGCAGAUUGACUACUUACCUAGCUCAGAUUUUAUCCAGAAUUUCGGGUUUGAGCCUAAGAUGCUCACCGUGCCCUGACUGGAACAGCUACUGGAAAAUGAAUAAAGCAAUUUGAUUAGUUGGCAUAGCCCAGUCUAGCACAUUGCUCUUCAGUGCUUAUGGUAUUUUUUGACACAAUCUUCAACUUUUGUAGAUGUUUUUAUUUUUAUUAUUUUGUUGUUUGUACCAGUUACCAAGGUUUUUAUGUACACAUGUGACAAAAAUGAACUCAUCCGCAUAUAUAUAUAUUUAGUGCUUACUUAUGAACGUCUCCAUUAUUUGAGCAUAUAACAUAUUUGGAAAGGCUGUCACUCCCUGUUAUGGUAUCAUAUGUCUGUCUCUCCAUCAGUUUAUGUUAUGGAAGUCAUUCAACAAAGGAAAGUGCAUGCCUCAAUAGGUUACAAUAUGCAUGUUUUAUUUACUCUUAAGGAAUGUUAAUACGAGGACAUUAUGGAACUGAAGCCAGCAUUUGCAGAUUGUUUAGUCUGAGCAGAGGAAGCGAAGUCACUUCGGUUGUAUUUAGGUCAAUUCAUAUUAAAACAUUUUUCCAAUUUCAGAUAAAGAUCACAAGGUCGUGAAUCUUAACGUUGUUUACUCAGUGAACUGUUCAGCGCUAUAUGUGUUCACUCUUGUGUUUAUUCUGUGUCUGGCUUGAUUGUAGAAUAUGCUGCUGUACAGUAGAAAGUGUGGCAGUCAGAUAUCGGUGCCUAUAUGCUGAGUCGUAUGAGCUCUGGUUUACAAUUGUUUGACAACCCUUGAGUCACUGGAGAAAGGACAGCAGAAAAAUACAUGGUUUAAAUUUCACUAGAAUUUUUAUAUUGAUAAUAUUCCUAUUUCUAAUGUCCAAUUUUUUCAUUCUCCUGUAUGUCUCGCAGAUCGAUUAGUCCAAAAUCUGAAUCAUUUUUGUCUUGGCUCUGUAACAUCAUCAUUCCCCCCCCCCAUUAUUGGACAUUUUUUUUGUUUGCUUAUUCUAACUGGAGACAGGAACAUUAAGUGGUUUUGUUGAAUAAACAGUGAAUUGAGACUGAACUGGAGCCAAAUUGAAAAAUUCCGACUAAAAUGGCCCAGAAGUGGCUUUACUGAGUCGCAUGCCAUUCCCUGUUUAGUGGCCCCACUGGAUUAUUGAAUGAACUUUAGUGAAACCAAAAUCAUAAAUUUUUGGCUGAAAUAGCUGCACUGGCCACAUUGCAUAGUUUCAGCUGUUUUUCUAAUUUGGCUAUUUUCACUUGAAUAUUGCCUUUCAUAUUUCAAUUCCCCACAAUUCACUGCUGAGUGAAUUAACCUCUUUCUUUCUUCCAUGAAUUACAGCGAGUUCAGAAUCGAAUUGAAAAAUAUAGGUCAAACUAGCGAAGAUGUAAAAAACGCAGAAUUUUCUUGUUGUCAAAUUUGCAAUUCUGUUUUCAAUUCACUACAAUUCACUGUUUAGCCUCUAACCCCCUCGGGCUUUACUACCAAAACCAUCUGCAGUGGAGUGAUUCUCUCCGGAUAUUAUUUAUCUAAUGUCAAAGAAAAUAAGUAAUUUUGAAAGCAACCAGAUGUUUCUAUUGUUAAAGCAAUAGAAGGAGGGUUUAGCUUUCAGGUUUAAAGCCUGGAGAUUGUGAAAACUGAUCACCUUGCUGGCUUUGCGUGCAGGAACCCAGGGUCUCAAUGAAUUCGCUUCUAUAUCUAUUCCCUCUGAGCUGCAAUCAAUAUAGUAAUGAAUGAUUAAUCUCCAAGCUCCGUGACUGCAUGCAGAAUAUACAUUAGUCAAACUGAGUACAGGCUAGUGGCGUACAUUAUUAUUAUCAUUUGAAAUAAUAAUUAAAUUUUUUUUAAAACUAAUAGUUUUCUAUAAAUUGUUGUGUCAGAUAGCAUUAAACUGUAAUCUAUUUUAAUCUCCUCUGUCUCUGCAGAAUACCCCCAUUAACACUGCAUCAGUCUCAUAGAGCAAGCGAGUUCUCUGUAUACUGUACACGUGCAUUAUGUAGAAUGUGUGCAAUAAUGUAUCUGUAAUUGUACUGUAUAUGUCUCCUAUUAUGUAUGUGCUCUCUAUACUUGAAAACAAGAGACAUCUCAGUGUAUCCUUCCUGGAUAAAAAAAAAAAAAAUCAUAAUAAAAUUAAAUGUAAAAAUAAUUUAAAAAAAAAUAUAUAUAUAUCUUUAUUUACAUUUCUUUUUAUUUAUUAUUUUAUAUAUAUAUAUAUGAUAAAAUAAUAAGUAAUUGUAUUAUAUAUAUAUAUAUAUAUAUAUGUGUGUGUGUGUGUGUGUAUAUAUAUAUAUAUAUAUAUAUAAUAAAAUAUAUAUUAUAAAAUAAAAAAAGAAAUGUAAAUUUCUUACACACACACACAUACACAUAUAUACAUAUAUAUAUACACUCAAUAAAUCAAUAACUAUCUGGCUGGGUGUAAUGCAGAAACUUGGUAAUCUUGUGCCCAACCUCUCCCUCUCUCCCCAUCUAAUGAUCACACUCCUCCCACUAGCUUCUUGUGCUUUUUCUAGAAGUUGACACCUGAAUGGAUGCCAAGCCCCCUUGGGUAUAUAAAGGGGAGGCACACGCAGACAAGUUCACAGUUCUAGACUGGUCAGGAAUUAAGGAGGACUGCAGACUCAAACCAUGGUUGUUCCCAGACUCCAGUGCUUUGUCCUCUACCUAGCCUGCAUCCUGUUUAAAAGCUGCCUGGCUUUCAAGAACGAUGCCACAGAGAUACUUUAUUCACAUGUGGAUAAACACGUGGAGGAGAAUGCCAACAGCAGCACCCAGAACCAGGCUCGCCAUGGAGGCAGACACCCCACUAACUCUGCUCAGGACAGGACCAGUAAGUCUAUGACAAUCUAUUUACUAAGUCCACAUUGUGAUUAACCCCUAGGAGGGACACUGAAACCAAAGCUCCACUUUUGUUUUUAAAUGACACGACAGACACAACAUUCUAAACAAGUGAUUACCUAAACACUGUCCCUUAUAGAGUUAAUGCAAUGCAUAUCAAUAUUGCAGAGCCUUUAACCAUGUAAGUGCCAGGCUGGUAUUUGUCAUCAUUUUUUUUACACCAUAUUUGUAUAUUUGAAGUGAUUUCUAACUGGACAAGCUGAUAUUUUGUAGAUGUGUAACAUAAAUAUUAAGCACAGGGUUUAUUCUGAUUCUAUAGUGUAUACAUUGCCAUUGUGUAUUUAUCAAAUAUUAGCUGAAAAAUGUAAUGCUAAUAAGAGAACUUACAUUGUUAUUUAAUACAUUCGAAAUCAUUAGAAGUGGUUACUGGCUGGUUAUGAGCUGUCUGACACUACAGAGUUACAUCCGUUCAUACUUAUAGGAUUACUGAAUGGGUUAAAUAUACAUUUAUAGCACAAGACUGUGUUUUUUAUUAUUAUUUUUUUUAAUAUUUGUGUGUCCCCCCUCUCUGCCUGCAAAAUGGGGCUCCAAAAAGUCUGCCUUCAGUUUCACUUUCUGAACAUGAGUGACUGCACAUUUGACAUGUUCUUUAAAUGAUCACUUUAACUCCUGUAUUGAAGGAUAUUUUAAUAUACAGUACUGUGUAUACAUAUAUCGACUGUUAGGCAAUGUUGCCAAACAGGAAGGUACAGGAGGAUACUCUAUGUUGGGGUUUAUUAACUAAAUGCCGAAUUGUAGUGGUUUGAAAAUCAAAUAAAAAAUAGGUAAAAAUGUUCAUUUUAAAAAGGUUUUCUAAACAAAAAGUAUAGUCAACGAUUAGCUAUUUGAGAUAAUGUUUCAAUUCUGUUUUUUAAUUCACUCUGCAGUGAAUAAACCUCUAUUAGUGGUUUUUUGUUUGUUUUGUUUUUACUUCUAAGUAGUGUAGAGCUAUCAGUGGUCUCAUUGUGUUCUGUAAUGAAUAGAUGAGUUAAUUUAUGGUACUUGUAUCCAGCACUAUCUGUAAAUCAUGCAAUUUCCCCAUCAGGUGAUGUGUGAGAGAUUAAUGUCUUAAUUAACAGUAUCAAAUACCUGUUGCACAUUAAUCCCUAUUUAGAUUCCUGGUAGCUCUGUACUGGAAUAAUUGGAUUAGAAAAAAUAAUAAUAAAAAAAUGAGCAUGGGAGAUAUUUGUAUCAGGUCUAGGAGACUUUACUGGAAAAAUAUUUACAGUUAAUGAAUGUUUCAAUCAAUACAUCAUUAAUGUAGGUAUUACUGAUAAGAAAAAAACAACAACAAAAACAAUUCUGAAUUUUACUUUUAAUUCAUGGUUCUUACAAAACAAAUAAUAGUAUUGAGGGGCAUAUGGUCAUUAUUACCAAUAAUAUGUGCAUAAUCAGUAAUAUAUUACAUUUUUUUAUAUUUACUUUUAGUCCAAUUCUUUGUAGGCUAUACCAGUAUGUAUUUAACUACUUUUUAAAAAUAUUUUAACUCUAAGAAUAAAUAGUUCUAUCACUAAACAUUAAAUUGUAGAAACCAGAAAACUGAAUUUGUAAAUUUAGACCAGACUCUCUCUAUUUAUAGAGGAGCUGAAGAUUUUUUUUUUUUUUGUCUACAUUAAUUUUUUUUUUAAAUCCACUAUAAUUUGAUGUUUAGUGAAUAAACCCCUUAUUAAUGCUCUCCAGCUAUUGGCUGACUAUACAUAAUAUUGGUAAAUGGUUGAGGACUUAACAUGGAUAUAAAGAAGUUGCUCUAAAACAAGUACCCAUGCAUCCCACAAAACUCAGGUGUUAAAAGUAUCCUUACUGAAACUUACUUUGUAAUACCCUAAAUAUAAACUGUUGCAAUUGUGCAAAGACAGUAAAGACUGGUUUGGGGAUGACUGCACAAUGCUAUAGUGUAGAACUUAGAACUUCUACUAUGGACUGGCAACAUGAGGUAAGUAGCCCACAGCAGGUAGAUGUGAUAUAUCCAUAAGGAAGUGUUAAUAUAAUAUGUUAAUGUAAUAUCUCUCUAGACUUUAGGGUUGUCUGAUCCCCCUUAUAUUCCUGGACAGAAUUACAUGUUAAUAGAAACAGCAGCCUUAGUCAAAUCAACUGGUCUAGAAGGGUUCCAAAAGGAGCUGCCUUAAUAGAUUAUUUCCCUCCUGCAGCAUGUGAAUUCUCUAUACGGUUUGUGUGUGAGGGAGAGGGGGGGGGGCACUUUUAGCAAUUGCCCACCAGAAUGUGUGACUUACACUAUCCAGGAUCUGACAUCUCUUCUAGAUCUGAAUAUAUAGGUUAUUCCAUGACCUGAAGUCCCUGUUCUUGUUUCAGAGAGAGCUAUCCUACCUUUGUUACAAUUUAGAACAUCUAUUUGCAGACUUCCUUUCCCCUUAGGAGUUCUGAUAGGAAUCUACAUGUUUUAGCAACCCUUCUUGAGAAGCCUAUCUCAGCACCUGUAGAUUAAGGAAAUCGAUGUGAUACCUCGUCCCACUCUCACCUGUCUAUGGUACUUCGUAAAUGUAGAGCAUUAUCUAGACAUAAAAGACUUUGAUUUCGAUCUAGCAUUUGUUUUCACUUCCUGGCUAAGCACUUAUGAGCUGAGGCCUCUGGCUAAAGUAAACACUAAAGAAAUCUGCCACCUUUUUUCUUCGCCUUCAGCAAUGUUACAAAUUUUACUCGUCUGCUGAGGAGGUUGAAACCAUGGAUUACAAUAUACAAGAAUAAUGUUUGGCCCAGUUCCCAUGGCACAUCAAUCACGCAGUGCACAAAAAGUCUGCUGUGAUGAGGAAAAUAGAAUCUUACCAUAAAUUUAUAGUGACGUGAAAUUGGCAAGAGAAAAAUCAGUGUUAUAAAGAGCAGUAGACAAAGCCUAGGGAAUAAAAUGAGCAUUCACAAAGUCAGGGCAAGACGUUGUCUGUAUCCCAGGAAGAGACUUAUUAAUGGGAUGUUUAGACUUUAUUUAACACCCUUUAUUUACAUCCAUUGACUUGUUAAGUUCCAGACAAAGCAAUGCACCUUAUUUGGCUGUCAAACGGUUAAUUCAGGCACCUUUUUGAAGGAAAUGACACUGAUAAUUAAAUUAAACAUUUAUUUUAUACAUUUAUAUGUAUGUUUAUCACACAUUUAACAAACGUGCACAGUGAAAAUGAGUGCAAGAGAUUGUCUACCAGUGUUAAUGUUUUGAUAACGUUAUUACUUAAAAAAAAAAAAAAAUAUUAAGAGAUAAAGGUUUUUCAAAAGAAAUAUACCGUAUAUAUAUAUAGUGCUCUAAAAUGUAUUCUAUAUAUCUUUCUAAUCUCACUUAAUUAGUGAGAAUUCCCUAUUAAACAUUAAAACAUCAAAUAUAAACAGAUCUUUUUCCCACAUCUCGUACGGAAAUAAUUAAGACAAGAUCUCUAAGGGUGUGUCGCAUUUCCUCUGUGAAUGUAGACAUGAUGUAGAUAGAUUUCGGAGACAUGCAGUGGAGAACUAAAAAAAAAAAACACAAAAAAAACAACAAAAUAACUUUGGGUUUGGUUACAGUUGAUGUAUUUGAAGGAAAGCCCUAAUGCCAGAAAUGCAUACCAUAAAGAAUACUCUUGAAACCUGGGAGAUAGCAUUGUCUAAACAGUGUUAAUCAUCCAGCUCUCUUUGAAUUUUAACUCAUUCUUCAUACUUCUAGGACCAGACUAAAAACAUGCUGUAAUGUUGGGCUAUUUAAAUUUCAGAGCCCCUGGUUUAUGCUAUGAAAACCUUUUUAUAAACCCAUUCCUUACCAGUAAUUUAGUGGCGACGCUGCCUGGUCAACCACCAUGUCCGGGCUUGAAGACCUUUUUGCCCAAUCACAUGCUUCUCAUUGAAAAGCAUUAUGGACUUAAUGUGCAUGCACAGCAAUGCACCAAUCAAAUGCUUUCGUCGGUGAAGAACCAAGUCAGACUUUGUUCUUACUGCGUAAACACCCUCAGGAAGACAGUCACUAGAGAUGUGUUUAAUCCCACAAUGAAAAAAUUGCUGUAUCUCCAAAAUAGUAGUGUUUUUUUUAUUUUGGCAGGAAGAACUGUGGGGCACUGCACUCAGACCACUUCAUUGAUAUGAAGUGGUCUGGGUGAUUAUAGUAGUCAUUUAGACUCCAGAGCUGAAGGUAUUUAUUCCAAUUGUAAAAUCACUGUAAAGGAUACUCUCUUGAAAUUCGCUGCCUUAUCAGGCUACAUUCCCCAUGAUUUUCAAACUGUCUUAGGCUGUAGCAGAGAAUUAUGGAAGCUGUAAAGCCACCAACAGUUGACAACUGACUUCUAAACUAUAUUCCAAAAUAGCCAAGUUGGGGGUUGGGGGGGAAUCUGUAAAUGAAUUAAAUUAUAUAAUUUAUUCCAAUUUGCCAAUUAUGGAUUACACUUUCCAGGUUGAUUUAAAACCGGCAAUAGUUAUUGAAUAAACCCUUGAGCUAAUUUAACAGGUUUACUCAAUAAAUUUCAAAUUGUAGCAAAUGAAAAUUCUGUCUGUCUGGCAAACUUUAGAGAGCCAAGCUGUAACUAUAGCAGAGUUACAAAAUUUUUCCAGAUCAUCCAUUUUUUGCUAUAUUUUGUAUAUUUUGCAAUUCAUUUUACUGAAUGAUAAUGUAAGAAAUCUAUAUUUUUUCAUCUAUAAAAUGUGUUUUAUAGUUUAUGUGUCAUAUAUUACCAUAUGCCUGUCAAAAGAGUCAAUUGUGGUUAUUCAUAAAAUCUGAAUUGGCUCUAAACGGACCAGAGAAUUGCAAAUGAUGGCACAAACCCAAGCUGUAAAAAUAGUUGAUAUGCUGAUUUUUUUUCCCCAUUGGGUAUUCUGUUCUAGUUCAGUGAAAACCCCCUAUUAUGUUAUAUCACAUGGCAUUUGUCUGGUACUUCAUAGUUUAAAUUGACGUGUAUGUGUAAAUAUUUACAUAUUUUUUGUUUGUUUUUUAAAUUGACUAAUUCUUUCUCUUCUUGUUUUUGUCUUUGUAGGUUCUCACCAAGUGGGAUGCAGGGAACUGAGAUCCACAAAAUAUAUAUCUGAUGGUCAGUGCACCAGUAUCAGGCCACUGAAAGAAUUGGUUUGUGCCGGAGAAUGCCUUCCUCUUCCAAUUCUGCCAAACUGGAUUGGUGGUGGCUACGGACUCAAAUAUUGGAGUCGUAGAAGCUCCCAGGAAUGGAGAUGUGUUAAUGACAAGACCCGCACUCAACGUAUUCAACUACAGUGUGAAGACGGUACCAGUCGAACAUACAAAGUCACAGUGGUCACGUCCUGCAAGUGCAAGAGAUACACAAGGCAACACAAUGAGUCCAGCCAUAACUAUGACAUAGCCUCUCCUGCCAAACCCCUUCAUCCACAUCAACAUCAUCAUUCCCAAACUAACCGAGAUCGGAAAAGACUUACUAAGAUCAGCAAGCACAUUUCAAGUUAGAGAAAAACAGUGCCAAGACUUUGAACUGAAUUGUACUCAAAAACAGUGAAUGUUUGUCCCAGCAGUCUGAGACUGAUCUUUCUCUCUUUUUUUUCCGUAAUGGAAAUAUUAAUGUUAUUCAGUUAUGUAACCAAGGUCUUUUGACAUGUGGUGAACACACUUUCAUUCUCCUCUUUCACAUUGUUUGAAGGACUGUUUUUUUUUUUUUGAGAAAUUCUAAAUUUCCAGAAAAUGUGUUGACAUUUUUUUUUUUAAAUUGAAAGCUAUUAUCCACAAAGAACUGAGGUGCUUAAAAUAGUUUAAAACAAAUAAUAUAGGAGAAUUAUAAGUCAAAAUAAUUUAUGAAGUUUGGAUUUUUUUACCCUUAGCUACACAGGUUUAUAACUGAAUAUUAUAAACAAUAUUCUAAAUCAGCAUUUAAUUAAAUAAGAAUAAAAAUAUAAUGAAAUAUUUAUUGCUCAUUGUAAUUAUAUAGUAUCUCCCAUGCCAGCUUGGGUUUCCAUAAAUAACCGUGACUAAUAGUGCUUCUGGCACUCGGGAGGAAUUCAAAGCCUUUGAAUGUGAUUGUUCAACUGUACAGUACAUUAUAUAUAUUUUACAGCUUUUUUUUCAUGUAUCAAAGUAUUUUCCUACAAUUUGUAAGUAGAAUUGCCAUCUGCAUUUUUGUAGAUACUGUAAAUUAAUUAUGUAGUAUUUGUGUUAUAUUUUUACAUUGUGAUAUUUUUAUUAGAUGAAACAUUUGUUUUGAAUGUUUAUUAAAAGCUACUCUGUGCAAUCAAAAACUUACAUCCUUUAUUUUAUCCAUUUCUGUUGGAACCAUCAUUUUAAAGUCCAAUAAUUCUGUAAUUGGGAUUGGGAGACAAAGUACACGUUAACAUCAUUUGUGGAAGAGACACUAUGAAAUUCAUCCAAAGAGGAUAUUUAUACAACAUUUACCAAGCAAACUGCUUAAAAUAAUUG